GAAUUAAUACAAUCGCUUCCAGCCUCUCAGUUCAUUGAUGGCGAGCGGCGUGCGCACGCGCACCACUUCGCCACUCGCAAACCACACGCCGAAGCGGACGCAACAUGAUGGUGACCCCACGAUGUCUACCAUUGCUCUUCACUGUGUUAGCAGUGGUUGUAGCAGUACCUACACCUGGUAGAAUCCCAAAGGUGUACAAUGCCUUGAUUACCUCCAAUCAGAACUUAGAGCCCAGCAAAGCUUUCCCUCUAUAUCAGCCAGUAUUGCACAGCACAUUCCCAUUUCCCUAUCAAACAAUUGUAUAUGGAGACUACCCUCUAACUAAUGGUAUAAUUCCAGCGCCAAGUUCCCCACCAAAAGAUCCUGACGUGAAAUCGGUAGAACCAUCAACUCCUUCCCCGGAGGCACCACCUGCUGCGUCCACAGAAAAGCCUGCGGAACCAGAAUCCAGCAGCCCAAAAGCCGAGGAUGGCAAAUCAACCCCAGUUCCACCUCCACCGAAAACAGAGUCACCUAUACCAUUAAAUGAGUUUGGCCUGCCACCUCAAGUGCUGCCAAUAAGUCGUUUUCAACCCAGUUAUGAAUACACUCCGUUUGCGUUCCCAUAUUCUUACUCAGGAUUACGAUUCUAUGAUCCUUACGAUCCGUUCGGCUUUAGCGCUUUCCCUAGCUACCCAUUGUACCGGCCUUUGAGUAACGUUUUGGGACCGUCGCUUCCCUUCCCAGCUGUCAAACCGCAGGCAGCAGUCGCCCCUGAAUCAAACAAAGGGGACGUUCAACCUCCACCAGCGGAACCGAGCGAACUUAACGUUUUAAAUUACUCUUCAAAGGACCCCGCUAUACCUAAUGUCCCCCCGCCACCACUCCCACAGGGCGGUCUCAAAGUUGACAAGGAAUAAAUUACAUUUAACACAUUAAAACUAAAAAAAAAACAACAUAGUUUAUAAAUAUUAACGUAAUUCGUAACAAUUACAUGAUUCUCAUAUUUACGAUAAUGUUGUAAAAUAUUUAAUUCUAUCAAAGUUAUAUGUACAUAUAUUUUUUACACAUUUAAACAUCUGUAUAUAAACUCAUAAUCUAUAUGAUUUGUAAUGUAUUAUAAAUAUAUAGUAAAUAAGGAAAUUCACUCAAUUAUAUAUUUUUUUACAUUUUAA